GACUAGAGUCGUUGGGCCCGGCGCGACCCGCGGGAGCGUAGAGAGCGCGGGACUAGAGUGCAGAGCUCGGGACGUGGAUCGGAGUCGGCGCGAUGGGCGGAGAGCAGGAGGAGGAGCGGUUCGACGGCAUGUUGCUGGCCAUGGCUCAGCAGCACGAGGGCGGCGUGCAGGAGGUAACGGCCCGCGCGGCGUCGGCCCACCCGGCGGCCUUGGCCACGCUCCUUCCGCCCUUCUCUGCCUUCGAGGGCUGAGACCCACCCAGCGGCUCGCGGGCUUCUGGGAUGCCCCCACAUUCUCACUGCGCCCAGCUUCCGGCCUGGCCACCUGCCAGCGGGUCUCACCCGGUUCGCAUCAGUCCCGGGCCCCCGGCGCCCCUCAGUAGUAGCAAAUUAUCGCGUCCUUGAGCUUAGGAUCCCCCUUUAGUUUCACAUAUGCCCCCACCCCCGUUUCCACUUUGAUGGCGGCUUCCGAGGAGCAUCCCUUAGUAAGAACCGUCGCAAAUAUCGUGAUUUGGAUCCACCAAGGCUUGGGGCGAGCCGUCGAAUGUGUGUGGUAGGGGAGCGGGCUGAUGUUAGCACGUGGUCUUGUUAGGCCUUGAAUGGGGGAAUAGGAGGCCUGUGUUCACGAUUAGUUUCCACCACCUACCAACUUGGAACCUUUACAUCUCUCCAAGCCUGAGUUUCCUUAUCUGUGAGACAGCUGCGAAUACCGGUUUCCAGAGAGUAGUUAAGAACCCUUGUGAACACCUUCUUCAGCUUCCUUCGACGCAAAACAGACUUUUUCAUUGGAGGAGAAGAAGGGAUGGCAGAGAAGCUUAUCACACAGACUUUCAGCCACCACAAUCAGCUGGCACAGAAGACCCGGCGGGAGAAGAGAGCCCGGCAGGAGGCCGAGCGGCGGGAGAAGGCGGAGCGGGCAGCCAGACUGGCCAAGGAAGCCAAGUCAGAGACCUCAGGGCCCCAGAUCAAGGAGCUAACUGAUGAAGAGGCAGAGAGGCUGCAGCUAGAGAUUGACCAGAAAAAGGAUGCAGAGAAUCAUGAGGCCCAGCUCAAGAACGGCAGCCUUGACUCCCCAGGGAAGCAGGAGACUGAGGAAGAUGAGGAGGAGGAAGAUGAGAAGGACAAAGGAAAACUGAAGCCCAACCUAGGCAACGGGGCAGACCUGCCCAAUUACCGCUGGACCCAGACCCUGUCGGAGCUGGACCUGGCGGUCCCUUUCUGUGUGAACUUCCGGCUGAAAGGGAAGGACGUGGUGGUGGACAUCCAGCGGCGGCACCUCCGGGUGGGGCUCAAGGGGCAGCCAGCGAUCAUCGAUGGGGAGCUCUACAAUGAAGUGAAGGUGGAGGAGAGCUCGUGGCUCAUUGAGGACGGCAAGGUGGUGACUGUGCAUCUGGAGAAGAUCAAUAAGAUGGAGUGGUGGAGCCGCUUGGUGUCCAGUGACCCUGAGAUCAACACCAAGAAGAUUAACCCUGAGAAUUCCAAGCUGUCGGACCUGGACAGUGAGACUCGCAGCAUGGUGGAAAAGAUGAUGUAUGACCAGCGACAGAAGUCCAUGGGGCUGCCAACUUCAGACGAACAGAAGAAACAGGAGAUUCUGAAGAAGUUCAUGGAUCAACAUCCGGAGAUGGAUUUUUCCAAGGCUAAAUUCAACUAGCCCCUGUUUUUUCCUCCCUGAACUCUUGGGGCUGAGCUGCAACCACCCAACUUUCUUUCCCACUCUUCUCUGGGACUUGUGGGCCUCAGGGCUUGGGGCAGGCAUGGGACUGGCCCAGGCACACAGGUCCCGGGGCAUCAGGAGAAAGGCUGGGGCUUGGGACCUUGUCCUCCCCAGUUGGCCUACUGUUACACAUUAAAACGAUUUGCCCAGCUC